ACGAAGGCAGUCAACAUUAUUGAAUCCUCUCCGCGACGACAGCAUGGCGCCGCAGCAGGAAGGGUUUGGCGCGAAAUCGAAACUUUGCGCAAUCGAUGAUCUCUGCGCCAUUGAGCAUCCGUAUCAACGUUAUCUCGGCCUUAAAUACGUAGAAUUUAAGCGUGUUAAUGGACGUUUCGUAAUACCGAAAUCAAAUAUACUAAACUUUUGGCUAUUUCUGGCAGUGGUGGACUGCACGGGUAAUGUCAUUAAGACUGCCAUAGCCAUCAACGACAGGGAUGUCACUAAAGCACAGGAAGUCUUCGCCGUUUUCGGCAUGGGCUUGGUAAUGACGAUGCGUGGCUUUAUGUUGGGACUAAAUCGUGGUAAAAUCUUGAAAAUGUACAAUGCUAUCGAUCGUAUAUUUCCACGUAGCGAACAUCUGCAGCAACAUAUGGAAGUCGAGAAAGUGCAUUAUUAUUUAAAAAAACGUUUCUUCUACCUCCAUACGUUUUUGACGGUUUCCGUGUGCGGCUUCAUCUUUAUGCCGUUUGUGAAAUUUAUGGCAUUUCACGGUUUCAAAUCAGACGCGCCUGUGAGCGAAGAAUUUCAUGUGAAUGCUUCGUGGUUACCGUUUGGCGUCAAAGAUAAGGUUUCUACUUAUCCCUACAUAUACGUAUAUGAACUGUUUCUAGCUACGGCAGCGUCUCAUAUGCUAGUCGUUUGGGAUCAAAUAUUUGUGAUUUUAAUUUCACAGUUAUGUAUGUAUUACGAGUAUUUGGGUAAACUUUUGGCGGAAAUGAAUGUGCAGGAUACAAUGGAUCCCACAAAGGCGGAUGGAGUCUACAAGCAGCUACACGACUACAUAUAUAUACAUCAAUAUCUCAAUAAUUUGGCCGUCGAAUUGAAUGACUUGUUUAAUUUUUCAAUAUUAUCUUCGGAUGCGGGCAUCGCUAUAUCCAUAUGUUUCAAUGUGGUUCUAAUUACCGAGGGUAAAAACAAUUUGCAAAUCAUAAAUUACACUAUACCAUUAUUCGUAGAGGUUUGGUUGAUCUACGAUGCCUCCAAGUGGGGUACCAUGCUGGAGACAGUGACUGCCCGCAUAAAUGAAAGAAUCUACGAACAGCAGUGGUAUGACAGCUCGGUACGUUUUGGCAAAUAUACGUUGAUGUGGAUACAAAGCACGAAUGAACCGUUCAGAUUAACUGUUUUUAAUAUGUUCUAUGUCAAUAUGAAGCAUUUCCAAGACAUGAUGAUGUUAGCUUAUCAAUUGCUCACUUUUUUGAAGGCAAAAGGUUAAACAAAGUUAUGGUUGGUUGGAAUAACGAAAUCAUUUUUAACGUUUAAGUUUUGUCUUUCUCAAGAAUAUUACAAAAAUGUUGCACCAACGAAUGUAGCUGAAAUUUUGCAAAUAAAAUAUCUUGUUUGUUAAAAAAAUUUCGAAAAUGUUCAUGAUUCACUUCUCACAGACUCAAAAAACUAAAUUAAAGAAAGUAAGUAAUUCAUAAAAUUGGGCUACACCGAGGCAAUAACAACAACCAAA